UGUAAACACAGAGAUGUGAAUUUCAUGUGGAGAUCCAGUUCUGUAAUUAUAAUGGACGAAGGCUUAGAGAGAAUGCCCGGGUAUGGGUCUGAUUUUUAAUAUGUUUUGCUUAUGCUAUAAUUUUUUACAACUUUUAAAUAGGCGGACGCACCUCUCCCAUGGAGCUGAAUGGUGUCUAUUGUGACAGCGAGGACAAAGAUGAGGACACGGCGGAGACACAGGCGCUCCACACUACGGCCGAAGCGCCCUGUGGCUACGUCGCUACAGCGGACCAAGAGCGCAGCCCUGGCGGCGGAGGCGUUCCCAAGGAGCGGCGAGUGUCGAACUCGAGCUCGGGGAGGCAGAGGAUCGACUCGCAGAGGAAGAACAGGCCGCCUUUCCCAUGGUUUGGCAUGGAUAUAGGUGGCACUUUGGUCAAGCUGGUUUACUUUGAGCCCAAGGACAUCACAGCAGAAGAAGAGCAGGAGGAGGUGGAAAAUCUGAAAAGUAUCCGCCAUUACCUCACCUCACACACAGCUUAUGGCAAAACAGGCAUUCGAGAUGUGUACCUGGAACUGCGGGACCUGACUCUGUGGGGGCGCAGGGGAAGCCUGCACUUUAUCCGCUUCCCCACACAUGAUCUUCCGGCUUUCCUACAGAUGGUCCGCGACAAGCAUUUCUCCAGCCUGCAUACCACUCUCUGUGCCACUGGUGGUGGCGCGUACAAGUUUGAGGCUGAUUUCCGCACGAUGGCAGAUCUGCAGCUUCUGAAGCUGGACGAGUUGGACUGUCUGAUUAAGGGUAUACUGUACAUUGACUCGGUGGUCUCCAGUGAGUCUCCUGAGUGUUACUACUAUGACAAGCCCACAGACCCGGAUCACUGUGAACAGAAAGCCUUCGAUCUGCAGAACCCUUACCCUUUGCUUCUGGUCAACAUCGGCUCUGGGGUCAGCAUUCUGGCUGUCUAUUCCAAAGACAGCUACAAACGAGUGACUGGAACGAGUUUGGGUGGUGGUACUUUCCUAGGGCUGUGUUGCUUGCUCACUGGAUGCUCCACUUUUGAAGAGGCGCUGGAAAUGGCUUCAAGGGGUGAAAGCACUCAUGUGGAUAAACUGGUCAAAGAUAUUUAUGGUGGUGACUAUGAGAGAUUCGGCUUGCCAGGAUGGGCUGUGGCGUCUAGUUUCGGGAGCAUGAUGUGCAAAGAAAAGCGUGAGUCCAUCUCAAAAGAAGAUUUGGCAAGAGCCACACUUGUCACCAUCACAAACAACAUCGGUUCAAUCACACGCAUGUGUGCACUAAAUGAGAACAUUGAGAGAGUGGUGUUCGUUGGGAACUUCUUGCGAGUGAACACAUUAUCCAUGAAGUUGCUGGCGUACGCUCUGGACUACUGGAGUAAAGGACAGCUUAAAGCUCUGUUCCUUAGACAUGAGGGCUACUUCGGAGCUGUUGGAGCACUGUUGGAACUGAUGAAUUCGUCUUGAGUAUCAACAUUCUUAGUGAUUCUAGAGGUUCACCACAGAUGCCUUCUCUGUCUGGCUAUUAUGCCAUCACAGGAUGUGACAAUGGAUAAUUAUCAAUUAGAUAUAAUUAUAUGCUAUAUAAUUAUGGGGUAGUUACACAUAUAUGGUUUAAUUAAUAAUUUAAUUAUAAUAUAUAAUGAAUAUAGCUCAUCUCACCUUAAUGUAGAAUCAGAGCUAAUAUAUUGAUGUAUAGAAAAAUACUGUGAUCGAAUCAAGUACAGGAAAUUUGCACAUACACAGUGGUGGUCAUUUUAUUUAGUUUUUUCCCCCCUAAAUAAAACACCAUUGCAAACCAAGAAAGUCAAUAAAACGAAAAAUGACAAAAAUUUAACAGUUUUUAUUUUCUCAAUCAUUUGGUCUGCUGCCCAUUGGUUGCGGACCCUGCUCUGGGUGAUGAGCACUUAUGUCCAUGGUAGCCUUUUAGCCAAGAGCAAUUUUGCUGCUAGUUAUAGUGCUAAAGGCAGAAGCCAUGAUUUAUAUGUAUAUAUAUAUAUAUAUACACAAUAGCAAACACAGUCAGGUCCUUUUUUUAUUUUUAUGAUAUAAGGCACUUAAAUAUGUGUAUGAGAAAUGCAUUUCCCAUAUUAGAGUCUGCAGAGACCAAACCAGGCCAGUCAAUUCAUCCUUCUGCAUUAAUGAUUAUAAAAUAGGCACAUGUUGUACAAUAAUACACAUUUCAAGGAAUUGUUGAUUAUAUACAGAGAGAUGAUAUAUAGUGAGAUUAACAGUUUUAUUUUUGCUGUAAUGUAUAUUCAAGCAGUUUUGAGCUGUACACAGUAAAAAUGUUAAUAGGAGACAUGGUCCAUCAACUUUUACUUUUCUGCAGCCUGUAAAACUAGGUGGAUAUACUUUACCUCUUGGGAGCAUAUUUUUAUGCAUUUAUUAUAGUGUCUGUACAAAAACUAUUUCAUAAUAGCUUCUUGGAUGUCUGGACCUUCAAUCAUCCAGGGACUAACCAAAGAUAUGGAAAUUACAGAGGUUGCGGUCCAACAGUUCUGCUUUUACCUCGAAGUAAAACUGUAAUUCUUCCCCCUCCAAAGCUUUCUUGGUACAUUUCAGUCUGAUAUAGUUGUUAUGUUUAGCAACCAAAUGUUUGGUAUGAUAUAUAUGAAAAUAUAUGUGCCUGAAUAAAAGACAAUCAGACAGCUGUUGAGAUGAUGUAUCGAGUGUAAUAAGAUUGUACUUUUUCUACCUUCUUUUUUAUAAUAAAGUUAUUUCACGUAU